UCCCGGCGGCCAUUGCUCCAAGAUGGCGGCGGCGGCGGCGGCGGCGGCGGCAGAUGACUCAAGGUGGAGCUACCCUCCUUGGUCACCCUCAGCCUGAAACCUAGGGAGGAUGCCCUGGACACCGCUGCUAGGGUCUGACAUCGGGCCCCAUGCGGCUCACCCGCUGCUGGGCUGCCCUGGCAGCCGCCAUCAUCCUCAACCUCCUAGUCUUCUUUUAUGUGUCCUGGCUACAACACCAGCCCAGAAACUCUCGGGCACGGGGCCCCCGCCGGACUCCGGCCACUGGUCCCCGUGUCACCGUCCUAAUUCGGGAGUUUGAGGCAUUUGACAACGCGGUCCCGGAGCUGGUGGAUUCCUUCCUGCAGCAGGAUCCAGCCCAGCCCGUGGUGGUAGCAGCCGACACGCUCCCUUACCCACCCCUGGCCUUGCCUCGCAUCCCCAACGUACGCCUGGCGCUGCUCCAGCCCGCCCUGGACCGGCCAGCCGCGGCCUCGCGCCCAGAGACAUACGUGGCCACCGAGUUCGUGGCCCUGGUGCCUGACGGGGCACGUGCCGAGUCACCAGGCCACCUGGAGCGAAUGGUGGAGGCGCUCCGGGGAAGCAGCGCGCGCCUCGUAGCCGCCCCGGUCGCCACCGCCAACCCAGCGCGGUGCCUGGCACUGAACGUCAGUCUGCGGGAGUGGACUGCACACUACGGUCCAGCGCCCGGCGCGCCCCGCUGUGACGCCCUAGAUGGCGACGCCGUGCUGCUGCUGCGCUCCCGCGACCUCUUCAACCUGUCGGCGCCCCUGGCGCGGCCUCUGGCCACCAGCCUUUUCCUGCAGACCGUCCUACGAGGCUGGACCGUGCAGCUGCUGGACUUGACCUUCGCGGCGGCGCGCCAACCCCCGCUGGCCACGGCCCACGCGCGCUGGAAGGCGGAUCGCGAGGGGCGCUCUCGGAGGGCGGCGCUGCUGCGCGCGCUGGGCAUCCGCCUGGUGAGCUGGGAGGGCGGGCGGCUCGAGUGGUUCGGCUGCCACAAGGAGAGUGCGCGCUGCUUCGGAACAGUGGCGAGCGACACCCCCUCCUACCUGUACGAGGGCCGCUGGACACCGCCCUGCUGCCUGCGCGCACUACGCGAGACCGCACGCUACGUGGUGGGCGUGCUAGAGGCGGCCGGCGUGCGCUACUGGCUGGAGGGCGGCUCGUUGCUGGGUGCAGCCCGGCACGGCGACAUUAUCCCUUGGGACUAUGACGUCGACCUGGGCAUCUACCUGGAGGACGUGGGCAACUGCGAGCAGCUGCGGGGCGCCGAGGCUGGCUCGGUCGUGGACGAACGCGGCUUCGUGUGGGAGAAGGCGGUGGAGGGCGACUUCUUCCGCGUGCAGUACAGCGAGAGCAAUCACCUGCACGUGGACCUGUGGCCUUUCUACCCCCGCAAUGGGGUCAUGACCAAGGACACGUGGCUGGACCACCGGCAGGAUGUGGAGUUCCCGGAGCACUUCCUGCAGCCCCUAGUCCCCCUGCCCUUUGCGGGCUUCAUGGCACAGGCCCCUAACAACUACCGCCGUUUUCUGGAGCUCAAGUUCGGGCCCGGUGUCAUUGAGAACCCGGAGUACCCCAACCCUGCCCUCUUAAGCUUGACAGGCGGCUGAAACCCUGGUGCUCGAAUCUGGGACUGGGGUUACCUUUGGAGGUCGUGCGGAUCUGAACAGGCUCGUUUGAUUGGGCCACGUGAGGCUGUGCACGGGAGAAUAAAAAGGUGAACUGGCCAAGGACUACUUAAGGGAGCCCACAGGAAAAGCCCGGCUUUGGUGGGAAGCAGAACCCUGCCGAAGAUUGGAGAAACAUGCAUAUUCUUAAGCCUUGAGCUGGGGCUAUGUGAGGAGACCUCCUACCCCAUCCUAGUAAUGGAGGGAAGUGGUGGCUUUUGAUGGACAGGCUUAGAGCCCAUCUUCAGGGCUUCGCAUAGUCUCUGCCCUAUAUUCCAAGAGCCCUAGGCCUUUGGGAAGUGAGGUCAAGAGGCCAGACCUGCCAGCCUCGGUCUACCACAUACAACUUUUGUUGCUUUCUGCCUGUUUGGAGAUGCUGAAUGUCUCCAUUGGUAUCUGAAAACCCUCGGGAUCCUUGGCUGUAGUGUUUGCUUCCUCCACUAGAGGACGCAUCUGUCCCGUUCCUUUCCUCUUUGACGACUGCCAGCUUCUCUGCUCCAUAACCACCAUCUCUGGUUUUCUUGGAGUGGCUCUGGGUGGUGGGACCGCACUGGCCACCUCCCUCCUCCUUGAAUGUGGCACUUUUCUUUGAGAACGCUACGUGAGAUAUCUGCUGCUUCUAACCCCUUCGUGCACCUGGAAGGCUAACAGGGCUCUGGUUUGGGAUCCUGGCUGACACAUGGAUUACCUCGUUCAGUUGCCCCACUUGCCAGGAGGGGUGAACCUUGCCGUAUCUCACAGUUAAGGAGAACUUACUGGGGCCCAAUCGCGCACAGGGAUGGAUUUAUCCUCACUCUUACCCCCCGGAAUUGACAGCUGCUAUUACAUCCAUUUUCCAGGGAGGAUAACGGAGGCCAAAAUGGCAGUUAUUUAUCCGUGACCAGAUAGUCUAGGAAGAGGCCAGUAGGGGACUUGAAUUCAGGCCAUCAUUUCAAGGCCCUCUUUAUGUCCCGCUCUAGAAAUGGCACCCAAGAGGGGCCUUGCGGUUGUGUCAUUUAACAGGUUAAAAAUAAUAACUUUCCUUAUUUGAUUAUGCAUAUAAAUUAUGUUCAAGCCAUGACUACCAGGAUGUAUAAAGUUAAAUAAGGCUUAAAUUGUUACUUUAAAAUUAAAAAAAUUCAAGAUGAA